GCUGUGAAUCAUUUGUUCUUCAUCUCACGUCAUUAUUAAUGUCACUGGAGAUAUGAAGGAGGUGUACAUGAAGGAGGUUUAUAUGAAGGAGGUGUACAUGAAGGAGGUGUACAUGAAGGAGGUUUAUAUGAAGGAGGUGUACAUGAAGGAGGUUUAUAUGAAGGAGGUUUAUAUGAAGGAGGUUUAUAUGAAGGAGGUGUACAUGAAGGAGGUGUACAUGAAGGAGGUGUACAUGAAGGAGGUGUACAUGAAGGAGGUUUAUAUGAAGGAGGUGUACAUGAAGGAGGUUUAUAUGAAGGAGGUGUACAUGAAGGAGGUUUAUAUGAAGGAGGUGUACAUGAUGGAGGUUUAUAUGAAGGAGGUUUAUAUGAAGGAGGUGUACAUGAAGGAGGUGUACAUGAAGGAGGUUUAUAUGAAGGAGGUGUACAUGAUGGAGGUUUAUAUGAAGGAGGUUUAUAUGAUGGAGGUUUAUAUGAAGGAGGUUUAUAUGAAGGAGGUUUAUAUGAUGGAGGUUUAUAUGAAGGAGGUUUAUAUGAUGGAGGUUAACAUGAAGGAGGUUUAUAUGAUGGAGGUUAACAUGAAGGAGGUUUAUAUGAUGGAGGUUAACAUGAAGGAGGUUUAUAUGAUGGAGGUUUAUAGAUAUGUGACAGAUAUGUGUAUAAAAUAACACUAAACUUUAUUGUGAAUCAUUAUAAUGUGAAAUAAAUGGAUAUAAAAUACACAA